UUUUUAGAACUGGCAAAACAGCCAGACCAAAUUAGGUGGUGAUGAUGUCGGAAGUUAUUGCAGUGGUGGCUUGAAGCCCAACCGGCUUUGACGAGGAGGAGCCAAGCAGCGGUCGCGUUUCCCGGAGCGACAGCACGCAGGAGAAAACCCGAGCAGCCUUUUUUCACACGACUUGUGCGGCUACUGCUGAAGUCCUCAAGAUUCCGAAACUCAAUGCGACUAACUGCUUCUCCACACCAACUGUCGGCUCUGUACUCCGAAGUCAUUGGCUGUUUGGAAGCGAGCCGAGCCCGGAGCACUUUCUGACAGGUGUUUCAGUUCCAACCAGGAUUUGGAGGAGACUGAAAUCAUGUCCAACGGGAAAGAUGCACCUGUUAGUGCAAACUCUAUACAGACGUCCUUAAAAACAUGCCUUGAUGAGUGUAUGGAGGCCUUGGAUCUGUUCCUCAACAAUCAUUUCAGCGAGAGUCUAGACAAACUGCAGCCACGAUGUAAAGAGAGUAUGUAUCAUGCUCUGAUCUACGCUACAGUGCUAGAGAUGCAGGCUAUGAUGACGUUUCAACACGAUGACAUUGUCAACGCAGGAAACACAAUGAAGAGAGCUCAAGAAGUUUGCCAGAGGUUUCGUAAGAGGUCUGGUAGUCUGGCAGCCAGAGCAGCAGGAGACGAGCUGUCUGAAGUGGAGCUCCAUGCUGAGGCGUGUUAUGCUGAAUGCUUGCUACAAAGAGCUGCUCUUACAUUUUUACAGGAUGAAAACAUGGUGAGUUUCAUUAAAGGAGGAAUCAAAGUACGAAAUAGCUACCUCAUAUACAAGGAGCUCCACUCCUUUAUUGAGUCACAUAGCUCAUUAAAAGGGCUAAAUCACAAACACCUGGAAGGAGGGGUGGCGUUUGGAAUUGGUGCCUUCAACUUGACACUUUCCUUGUUCCCUGCAAGGAUUCUUAAGGUUUUGGAGUUUGCUGGAUUUUCCGGGGAUAAGGAAUAUGGGCUUGCCAAGCUGCACGAAGGAGCUACUACCUAUAACCUGCGUUCUAUGCUUUGUGCCCUGCUGCUGCUCUGUUACUACACCUUCCUCUCAUUUAUUUUAGGGACGGGUGAGGGAGAAGUAACUGAUGCUGAGAAACUGCUGAAGCCGUUUCGGCUACGAUAUCCACGUGGGGCGAUUUUUCUUUUCUUUGCGGGCAGAGUGGAGGAAAUAAAAGGCAACAUAGAUGAGGCAAUAUUGCUGUUUGAGGAUGGAUGUAAAGCGCAACAGGCCUGGAAGCAGUUUCACCACAUGUGUUACUGGGAACUGAUGUGGUGCUUCACUUACAAGAGGCACUGGAAGAUGGCCUACUUCUACGCUGACCUGCUCAGCCAGGAAAGCCGCUGGUCCAAGGCUAUGUAUGUGUAUAUGAAGGCUGCUUGUCUCAGUAUGCUGCCAAAAGGGGAGGCUCGGCCAUUUGGGGAGAACGAGAUUGAGCUAUUUAGGCAGGUACCAACCUUCAAACAGAAGAUAGCAGGGAAAUCUCCUCCUACAGAAAAGUUUGCUAUUCGCAAAGCCAGGCGCUACCGAGCCAACACCCCAAUACCGCUCCCUGUUCCUGUCCUUGAGAUGAUGUACAUGUGGAAUGGCUUCUCCAUGAUAAGCAGGCAGCCAGAGCUCACAGCAGGAAUACUGGAAACUCUGCUGGAGGCAGAGCAAACCCUGCAGGCUGUUUCCGAGAAUGAGUACACUGUGGAUGACCGCUGCCUGAUUUUGCUGCUGAAGGGACUGUGUCUGAAGAACCAAAACCGACUGCAUGCUGCUGAAGAUUGUUUUAACAAUAUAUACAGCAGUGAGAAGAAAUUGAAGUAUGACCACUACUUGAUUCCUAACACUCUGCUGGAGCUGGGCCUGCUCUACGCUGAUACAGGAAGGAGGGAUCAAGCGAUCAGGCUCCUGCAGAAAGCCAAGAAUAACUACAAAGAAUACUCAAUGGAGUCCCGCACUCAGUUCAGGAUCCAUGCAGCUCUGUCUAAACUGAAGGCCGACACAAGUGACCAAGACGAGAUAACUGUCCUGUAACUAUUAUUAGCUGAAGUGGCACCCUGAGGAUCAACUCCGCCACUCUGAACGACAAUACCAAAGAGACGCACUUAUCCUCCUUCAUUCAAUCCAGCGGAGGCUUAAAUAUUAAGGACCUAAUUUGAAGUUUUGUGAACAUCAUAGAGACACUUAAAACACUGCAUUUGUAGCCAAUUUACAUAUUGUGUAUUUUAGGAUAAAUAGCUUUGGUAUGUUCUAGAUAAUUUACUUGUGGGUGAAAUUUCCAAACAUUUCCACAUGAAAAAGAGUAUUAUAUAGUAAUAAAUCUACCUUGAGCACUUUUAGAAAGGAAACAUUUCUCAGGAUUUUCCUCUUUGUGAUUUGUUAAAGCUGAUUAAGUAUGCCAUUUAGGGUACACUAUAAAAGCAUUGCAGGUGGCAUUUUUCUUCAGAUGAAUCAGAUGAAGCAUUUAUUCAGUUACAAAAACACAAUAUACAACCUCCCCAACUAUAUAUAUAAUACAUUUCCUACAAAAAAGGUAACCACAAAAAGACUAAAUUUGGUCUGAAGGCCAAAUUUACACUGCUAAUUGUUUUAGAAAGGUUUCUGUGCAACAGUUAAGAUAUUCACUUUUCUAAGAUCUUCGAGUUGAAGCUGAAAGUAUAUUUUGUAAGAAAAAAAACUGAAAAUUGCACCAAAUAUUUGUAGAGCCACUUAUUAAAGCAGCUGCAUAAGCUCAAGAAACUAUGUAAAUUAUGAGUGUUACUUUUUUGUCAUCAGUUAGAAAAAUGUAUAUACAUAUGGUUCACAGUUACUUAUUAUGGCCAAUUGUUGUAUGGCUGUUUUACACAUUUCUAACCACUAUAAUGCUUUCAGUCAGUGAUGCAUUGUGAGACACAGUCACAUUGACUACCUUUAAUUUAACAUAAACCUAAAUAAUCAUAAACAUGUUUUCAUAACUGAUGAUAUAAAAAAGUUUUUGUGGUAGCAGGAUUGGUUGUAUGCCAGUCAAAAAUUGUACACAACGUUUGUUAGGCCAUGUACCCAAUAUUGAUCAUAGAGUAUAAUGAUAAUAAAGCUCCUGCAGAAUGAAUGUGUUUAUUGAUUUAUAAAUAAAUCCUAGCAAUUUGGACUGAUCAAUAAAUCAUAUCCAAUAACCGUUUUAUAUAUUA